UAGAAAACGCAAAAAGUAGCACUAGUAGAAGAACAAAUCUUUAUUCUCUCUCUCUCUCUCUCUCGCUCUCACAACAGAGGUGUCUGUCGGUCAAAUUUCUCCGCCACCGCAGACCUGGGAGGUCAAUUCGCCGGAGACCACUGUCCAAUGAGGAAGGACGGAGCGCCGCCGCCCGCCGUCAAUCCGGCCGGGAAGCUCUCCCUCUGCUUCGAGACCAAGCCCUUCGUCGCCUCAUUACUUGCCCUAACUCUGCUGCUCCUCGUAUGGAAUCUACAGCCUUACUACGAGAAUCUCCUCUCCGCCACCGCCCGCUGCUCCGCCGCACCUUCUGCAACCUCCUCCGCUGAGCCGCUGCCGCUGCCUGUCAAAUCUGCCAUUCCUAGUAGCAGUAGCAAUAGCAGCAGCAAUAUCUCCUCCGGCAGUAGCUUCGCAGAGAAGAAGCUGGUAACUCCCCCCGCCGACCCUAACAAGCGCAUCUUCCGAGCCUACGGCAGCGCCGCCGCCCUAUUCGUCCAGAUGGGGGCGUACCGCGGCGGACCUCGCACAUUCGCCAUUGUAGGACUCGCCUCGAAGCCUAUCCACGUCUACGGCCGCCCCUGGUACAAAUGCGAGUGGAUCCCCAACAAUGGAAAGCCCUCGAUUAGGGCAAAGGCGUACAAGAUGCUCCCGGACUGGGGCUACGGCCGAGUCUACACCGUCGUCGUCGUCAAUUGCACCUUCCCGGAGAAUCCCAACGCCGACAACGCCGGCGGCAAGCUGAUGCUCAACGCCUACUACGGUCCGUCGCCGCGGAGGUUCGAGAAAUUCACGGCAAUGGAGGAGUCCCCGGGGUCGUACAACGAAUCCAAAUUCCGAUUCCCCAGCAAAUACGAUUACCUCUACUGCGGUUCCUCUCUGUACGGGAAUCUCAGCGCUGCGAGGAUGCGGGAGUGGAUGGCCUACCACGCCUGGUUCUUCGGCGGCAAUUCGCACUUCGUGUUUCACGACGCCGGCGGAGUGUCGGCGGCGGUGAGGGCGGUACUGGAGCCGUGGAUUCGGGCGGGGAGGGUGACUUUGCAGGACAUUAGGGAUCAGGCGGAGUACGACGGGUAUUACUACAACCAGUUCCUGGUGGUGAACGAUUGCCUGCACCGGUACCGGCACGACGCCAAUUGGACGUUCUAUUUCGAUGUGGAUGAGUAUAUGUAUCUGCCCAAUGGAAGGUCUCUGGAAUCGGUAAUGCGGGAGCUCUCCAACAACACGCAGUUCACAAUCGAGCAGAACGCCAUGUCCAGCCUGCUCUGCUUGAAUGAUUCGGCUCAGGAUCAUUCCAGGGAGUGGGGGUUCGAGAAGCUGCUGUUCAGGGACUCGAGGACGAGGAUCAGGAGGGAUCGGAAGUAUGCGAUACAGGCGAGGAAUGCGUUUGCGACGGGGGUGCACAUGUCGGAGAAUGUGGUCGGGCGGACGCUACACCAGACGGAGACGAAGAUCAGAUACUACCACUACCACAACACCAUUACCGUCCACGAGGAGCUCUGCCGGAAAAUGCUCCCCAACUCGGCCAAGAAGGUUACGACGUGGCUCGACAAGAUCCCCUACACCUACGACGAGAACAUGAAGAAGCUGGCCCCGGCCGUCAAGGAAUUCGAGCGCCAGGCAAUCGGGAUCCACCGCCAGAAGAAAAGCCUCCAUUCUUGAUCGACAUUGGACACAAAUGCUGUGUUUUUCCGGAUGAACACGAUGACGAUGAUGAUGAACAUGAAAUACGCCAGAGAUGAGAUGAGUAAAUUCUUUUCAAUUAGCAGUAGAGAAGGAGAAGCAGUUCUUUUUUCUUUUUUUUUUUCAAUUUUUCUCUGUUAAUCAUGAUCUUUAUAAUUAAUUUUAUUUUUUAAUCUUACAUGUAUAAAAAAGUUGGUUCUUUUUUUCUUUACAGA